UGCAAAAGCGCAAAAAAAAAGCUAGCUCUCCUCUCCUCUCCUGCUUUUAUAUAUAUACAAAUAGUUGCAAAGGCUCGAUCAGCUGUUCUGUUAGUUGAACAAGUGGUUUAGAAGUUUUGGAGGUGCGAUCCAUGUGUUGUAGUGGCAGCUUCAAGCUGUGGAGGGCGAUGGUGAGGGUGCACUCUGCGUCGUCGCAGGUUGCGUCCUCCUCUGAUGAUCGGCCGGCGGCGGCGGCGGCGGCGCGGCCGUCCCAGCUGCUGGUGGGGGGCGAGAAGCCGGAGGUGUUCACCAUCUGGAUGAAGUCGCUGGUGCUCAACGGCAGCGGCUGCACCGUCUACGACUCCGCCGGGAGCAUCGUCUACCGCGUCGACAACUACGGCGCCCGCCGCGCCGCCGACGUCUGCCUCAUGGACCUCGCCGGCAACGUCGUCCUCCAGAUACUCAAGAAAAAGCUUGGGUUCGGGAGGAGGUGGGAGGGGUACAGGUGGAGCGAGCAGGAGCAGGAGCGGCGGCCGUGGUUCAAGGUGGCCAGGGCGUGGGCGUGGCGCGGGCCCUCGCGCUGCACCUGCGAGCUCAGGGGCGACGCGGCGACGGCGGCGACGACCGUGAGGACCUACAGGAUGGAUGACGGGAGGAUCGCGCCGUCUCGCGGCGCCAGGAUCGUGGACGGCGCGACGGGGCUCGCCGUGGCCGAGGUGAAGCGGAAGACGACGGCCGCGGGGGUGGCGCUGGGCGCCGACGUGCUGACCCUGACGGUGGAGCCCGGCGUCGACCGGUCCAUCAUCAUGGGGCUCGUGCUCGUGCAUGGCCUCAUCAACCGCACCAUGUGAAUUGUGAGGCACCGAGAAGGUCAGCUGGAUCACUGGAUGAACGUUACUAACUACAGUAAAUAUAUGCAGAAGAGGAGACUGCCCUCGAUCGAUUUCGUUGUUCCUAGCGUUUUUACCUUAGUUUGUGAGGGACUAGCUACAUGGUAACUACUGAGAGGAGAGUGAUUAUGUGUAAUUAGCUUCUUAAUCAGAGACAAGUCUGGUCCUUCCGGCUUA